AUGGGAACUAGCCACGCCACUGGAACCGGAGACAUUAUCGUCGCGUCUGUACAGACUCUCGCACGGGGGACUAGACUUUCCAAGUUUGAUCCGGCACAAUUCAAGCUAGUUCUUGUGGAUGAAGCGCAUCACAUUGUCGCACCGUCAUACCGGGAGGCUCUGACGCAUUUCGGAGUGGAUAAAGAAUCUCCGGACUCUCCAGCUCUCGUGGGCGUCUCCGCUACAUUUUCUCGGUACGAUGGACUGAAGCUAGGUGCUGCGAUCGAUCAUAUCGUCUACCACAAAGACUACAUGGACAUGAUCGACGAGAAAUGGCUUGCGAAUGCGUUCUUCACCACGGUCCGCUCGGAGGCAAACCUGUCGAAGGUCAAGAAGGAUAGCUUCGGAGACUUUGCAAUCGGUUCGCUCUCCAAGGCCGUCAACACGGAAAGCGUGAAUAACAUUACCGUACGCGCGUGGCUGGCGAACGCGCAGGACCGCAAAUCCACACUCGUGUUCUGUGUGGAUGUCGCACACACCAAGGAGCUCACGGAGACCUUCCGCAACUACGGCAUCGACGCUCGGUACAUCACGGCAAAAACGUCGCGAGAAGCGCGGAUGGAACAGCUGCGCGCGUUCCGAGACCGAGAGUAUCCCGUCCUCCUGAACUGCGGUCUCUUUACUGAAGGAACCGACAUCCCGAACAUCGACUGCGUGCUCCUCGCCAGACCAACCCGGUCUCGGAACCUCCUCAUACAGAUGAUCGGCCGUGGGCUCAGGCUGUACCCCGGCAAAGAUGACUGCCACGUCAUCGACAUGGUAGCCACAUUGAACACCGGCGUCCUCUCGACCCCGACGCUCUUCGGCCUCCAUCCCGACGAAGUCCUCCAAAAGGCCAAAGCGAACGACCUGAAGGAGAAAGCCGAGGGCGCCUCCAAAACAACCCAAGAAGACAACGAAGCCCAGGAACCGUUGCCCUCCUCCGAGCCCACCACGGAGGACACAGACAUCAAACUCACCUUCACCAAAUACGACACGAUCUACGACCUCAUCGCCGACCUCAAAUCCGAGAAACACAUCCGCUCCCUAAGCCCGCACGCCUGGGUCCGCGUCGGCACUGACCGCUACAUCCUCUCCGACGCUUCAGGCUGGCUCACAAUCGACAAAGAAAAAGACACCGCACAAGCCUACACCACCACCAGCGACCCCAAACCCAACCCCUUCAUCUUCACCGUCCGCCACGUCGCCAAGUUCAAAACCGCAGACGACAAACCAAUGCACACCCGCCCCCGCCUCCUUGCCACAACCCCGGACUUCGAAUCCGCCGUCCGCGCAGCAGACACUUUCGCCAGCGCCGAGUUCGAGGAGAAGUAUAUCACCUCGUGGCAGACGUGGCGGCAGUCCCCCGCGACGGCGGCGCAGGUGCGGUUCCUGAACAAAGCCAAGAUCCGCCAGGGGGCGAUUCAUGCGCAGCAGCUUACGCGGGGCCAGGCAGCGGAUAUGAUCACGAAGCUGAAGUUUGGGGGGAAGAAGCGGUUCGAGGCGCAGAAGGAGGGGCGGCUCGCUGAGUCGAAGAAGUUGCGGGGUGUGGAGGAGUUGAUGAAGAAGGCCGGGGUGAAGGUUGGACCGGUUGAGGUGUAA